AUGUUAGUAUUGAAAAACAUGUUCCUUGACAAAAUAAAACCAACUACAGAAAUAAACGACGCAAGACUGAAAGAUUGGGUAAAAGCUUUCCCAUUCACAAAGGAUAUUAUUGGUAACAUGGAAAGAAAACCAGAAUGGCUACAAAAACAUAUAUUUGGAAACGAGCUUAUUCCAUAUGGACAGGCACUGUUUGAAGAGCUUGAACCGGAAACUCAGGAAAGAGUCAUGCAAACAAUACGCAAAGACUCAAAUACAAACUAUGACAAACUCUUUCUAGGAUAUAGGUUACCUGAGAUGGGCGACCAGAGCCCAAAGGCAAAAAGGACAUGGGAAAUUUACAACAUACUAGGUGAACAUGAGGCAAAGAUGCAACAACUUGAAGCAGAGGGCAAGUUACCAAAAGCGACACCAAAGAAGAAGAGAAGAGUAGAACAAAGUGAAAGUAGUGAAGAAGUAACUUCAUCUAGUGAAAGUAGUGGCAAUGAAGGAAAAAGAAGAGUUAAAAACUCAGUCAGGAAGAAAGUAAAGCUUGGUCCACGUGGGUUCUAUUAUGACACAUAA